AUGGAGAACUAUAAGAAGACUAAAAUUGUGGAGAAACCUUGUCCUCUUCCUUUCACUGACCUGCCCCCUGAUAUUAUUGAAAUGAAAGUGAAGGACGGGAGCAAAAUCAGAAAUCUGAUGGGUUAUGCUAUCAGCAAGAUGGAGCUGGACUCAGUGAGACAGAUCCUUUUCACUGGCUCAGGCAAAGCCGUCAGCAAGGCCAUUACCUGUGUGGAAAUCAUGAAACGAAGGCUCAAAGAGCUGCACCAGAUCACUAAAGUGCUCUUCAAACAGAUUGAAGAGAUCUGGGAACCCAUUGUGCCUGAGGCAGGCCUUGAUGCCUUGACAGUGAAGAGAAACAUUCCUGCCAUAUGUGUCCUACUCAGCAAAGACGCCCUUGAUCCUCAGGAGCCGGGAUACCAGGCUCCCGGCUCUUUUGAUGCCUUCUGGAUUGAGACACUUAAAGAGGAGUCCCAGGGCCAAAUGAAGAGGAAGCAGGGUGGAGGCAGGGGAGCUGGCAGCAUGGGAAAGCACCCUCGGUCCACUGGAAGAGGGCUGGGGGAGUCCUGCUCCAAGUCCUGA